AUGGAUGAUGGAACCACCUGCACCAUAUGCUUUCCCUUGAAUUUAUCCCCAUUUGUGGUUGAUAUCGGUCGGUCAAGGAGCCUGGUGUCUUUGUCCCACAAUACGUUCCUGUGUCCACGUACAAUGGCCUAUCUCCAACUGUGCGUAGGAGGAACUGAAAGUCAAACGAGUUCAGAAACGUCUGGGCUAACUGGUUACGAGUCAGGCGAGUCCGCGCAGCAGGUACUGUCUUCUGAGUCUUCUUGGGAUUCACCAGUGAUAGAAUCUAUGUCUUCAGAAUGGACAGAUGAGAAACAUAAUCUUUAUCUUAAAUCCAUGGAGGCGUCGUUUGUCAAUCAAUUAUACAAUUCGAUCGAUCUUCUUGGUUGGCGGUCCCAGAAGGAGGGGUCAGUUCCAAAUUUGUCUGCGGAAGUAAAUUGUAGCACCUGUACUCCUUCUGGCCAGGUUCUUCGACGUGGCUCCUGGCAGAAAAUCAAUUUUCGAAGGCCUGAACCACAGCAAAGCUCAGCAAUGGAAUCCCGUGGCUUUUUAACAAGCCCGUGGAUUCAGCACUUUAGGUCUGCAAGCAAACCAGAAGGUAUUGCAUCUCCUGCUCCUCAAGAAGGUGCUACCCAAAGUCGAGCAAUCAAUUUAAAUGGGAAGAAGGCAAUGCUCCGCUGUCCAGCAACUAGUUCAAAACAUUCUCAUUUAGGCAACUCCUUUUCAUGUCAUCGUGAUUUGGUUGACAACAACACAGAGAUGUCAGAUCAGAACUUCGUUGAUGAAGAUAUUAAAGGUGAAAAGGCAAGCAGUUCAUUCAGUUCAAAAAGGAUAAAAACUCUGAAAACUGAUUCAUUGAGUAGCGACCAGGUUGUUCCCCACAGCAAGCCUCCUGUGGCAGAAGAGGUUACUGAUGAGUGUAUUUCUGCAGCUAAAUAA